AUGUCUGACGCGCAUAUUUCGGAAAAGGUCGCGGUUGGGCCAGAGUCCCAAGAUGGCCAUGACAAGGAACCCGAGACCAGCCAGCUGGAGGUUGCUGCUGUGUCUAGCAAGAAGCAGUCGCUCUCUGAUAUUUUCACCAUUUUUUGCUCUGGAUUUGCCCUCAUUUCGGAUGGAUACCAGAACAACCUCAUGACCAUGACCAACGUCUUGUUCAAGAAGGAGUACGCCCACGAGUACACCUCCUCGGUCAGCACGCGCGUCUCCAACGCGCUCCUCGUGGGUGAAAUCAUCGGUCAAGUCGUUGUCGGCCUUACCUGCGACUAUCUUGGCCGCAAAACUGCCAUUAUCGCGACAACCCUGAUGAUUGUCCUCGGAGGCAUCAUGGCAACGGCAUCCCACGGCAUCACCAUUAAUGGCAUGUUCUGGAUGCUGACCAUUUCUCGUGGUAUUGUUGGAUUUGGCGCUGGUGGUGAAUACCCUGCGGCCAGUGCAUCGGCUUCUGAAGCCGCCAACGAACACACCCUAAAACACCGUGGUCCAGUCUUCAUCCUUGUCACCAACUUGCCGCUUUCUUUUGGCGGUCCUCUCGCUGUCUCUGUCUUCCUGAUUGUGCUCUCUGCGGCUGGAGAGAACCACCUGUCGACCGUCUGGCGCGUCUGCUUCGGCAUUGGCGUUCUCCUGCCCUUGACGGUCUUCUACUUCCGCCUCAAGAUGCUCAACUCGAAGCUGUACCGUCGCGGUGCCAUCAAGAAGAGGGUCCCAUAUAAGCUUGUCAUUCAAUACUACUGGAAAGCUUUGAUUGGAACUUGCGGCGCCUGGUUCCUCUACGACUUCAUUACCUUCCCCAAUGGUGUCUUCUCUGGUACCAUCAUCUCCAGCGUCGUCAAGACGGGCAGUCUCCGCAGCACUGCAGAAUGGCAGCUGCUCCUGGGAUCUAUUGCUCUGCCUGGUGUCUUUCUCGGCGCCUUCUUCUGCGACCGUCUCGGCCGCAAGAAUGUCAUGAUGAUUGGCUUCUCUGGCUAUCUCAUCUUUGGUCUCAUCAUCGGCCUCGCCUAUGACAAGAUUGUCAAAAUCACGCCGCUCUUCAUCAUAUUUUACGGUCUCAUGCUCAGUUUUGGAAACUUUGGACCCGGCGACAUGCUGGGCCUCAUCUCUUCGGAAAGCUACGCCACCAGUGUCAGAGGAACCUGCUACGGCAUCAGCGCCGCGGUUGGAAAGGCGGGUGCUGCCAUUGGUACCGAAGCUUUCAAGCCUAUCCAGGAUCAUCUCGGCAAGAAAUGGACAUUUAUUAUCGCUGCUAUUUGCGGUGUGGCUGGUAUUCUUGUCACCUUUUUCUUUGUCCCGAAGCUUACCGGCGACGACCUGGCCAAGCAAGACGAGAAGUUUAGAGCCUACCUGCUGGACAAUGGAUGGAAUGGUGAGAUGGGCGAGCAAGACUUGACUGCGCUCGCUGAUGAUGUCCGCGAUAUUGAGACUCCGUCCGAGGAAGGUGUUCAUGAUGAGAAAAUCGCGCUGUAA